UACACCUCACUCCCCCAUUUCCAUCGCCAUAUCAUGGAGAUUCAGAUCCCAUAUGCCAUCCUCUUCACCUUCCUUUGCUUCCUCUUCAUGAUUUUCAAACUUUCAACCUCCAAGAAAUCCCUCAAAACCCUACCCCCUGGACCAUGGAAACUACCUCUCAUAGGAAACCUUCAUCAAAUUGGGUCACUGCCCCAUCAAUCCCUUAGAGACCUUGCAAAUAAGUAUGGACCCUUAAUGCAUCUUCAGCUCGGGCAAAUAUCCCACUUCAUAGUCUCUUCACCAGAAAUAGCCAAACAAGUUAUGAAAACCUAUGACAUCAUCUUCGCCAACAGACCCAAAAUUUUUGCUGGCGAACUCUUUACUUAUAAUUUCACAGACAUAGGCCUCUCUCCUUAUGGGAACUAUUGGAGGCAGCUUCGAAAGAUCUGUACUUUAGAACUUUUGUCCGUGAAGAGGGUCCAAACAUUCAGGAGAAUAAGGGAAGAGGAGGUUUCUAUGUUAAUGAAGGAUAUUUCUGAACUUGAGGUUGGUUCUGUCAUGAAUCUCACUAAAAAGCUCUAUCCACUUACAAAUUCCAUAGUUGCUCGAGCAGCCUUUGGUCGAAAGACCAAAAACGUUGGAGAUAUUAUACCGUCUAUCCUCUACGCCUUAGAGAUUGCGAGUGGCUUUUCAAUCUGUGAUCUCUAUCCUUCAUUGAAAUUCCUGCGUGUGAUCAGUGGGAUAAAAGGUAAGGCCGAAAAGGUACAUAAAGACAUUGAUAGGAUGCUUGAUGAUAUCAUCAACGAUCACUCAGAAAAGAAGGGUGGCGAUAUAAGAGCAGCAGAGGAUCUUGUUGAUGUUCUUCUCAGGAUUCAGAAAGAGAAUGACCUUGAAAUCCCCUUAACUCUCGACAACAUCAAAGCUGUCAUCCUGGACAUGUUUAUUGGUGGAACUGAAACAACAGCAACAACAACAGAGUGGGCAAUGGCAGAAAUGAUUAGAAAACCAGAAGUAAUGAAGAAGGCACAAGAAGAAGUAAGAAAGGUCUAUGAAAAUGAAGGAUUCGUGGACGAGUCAAAACUCCAUCAAUUGAAAUAUGUAAUGACAGUCAUUCGAGAGACUUUAAGGCUACACCCACCUGUUGUUUUGUUACUUCCGAGACAAAAUGGUGAGAUUUGUCAAAUUGAUGGCUAUGAAAUACCUCUCAAAUCUACGGUGAUCAUAAAUGCUUGGGCUAUUGGAAGGCAUCCUCAGUAUUGGAACGAUGCUGAGGAGUUUCAACCAGAGAGGUUUAUUGACAGCUCUGUUGAUUUCAAAGGCACCAACUUUGAGUUUAUUCCUUUUGGUGCAGGAAGGAGGAUAUGCCCUGGAAUGUCAUUUGCCACACCAAUUUUAGAAUUGAUAAUAGCAAAUCUGCUUUAUCAUUUUGAUUGGAAACUUCCUAAUGGAGAAAAGCCUCAAGACUUGGACAUGUCUGAGAUCUUUGGUGCUGUAACAAGAAGAAAACAUGACCUAUGUUUAGUCCCCAUUGCAUAUCACCCUUAGCAUUAUUUCCUUAUUAGUAGCAUAAUCACUCAGCACUCACAUGCACUCACACCUACGCACACACGCGCAUCAGCUUUGCAAUAAAAUAAGUAAGCAACUGCUUUUUGUGAUAUGACCAUUUUUAUGAUGAAGUUCCAUGAUUUUCUUUUUUAGUGAUGUGAAACGUAUAUGAGAUUUAGCUGCUUUUGAAGGCAGCUAAUUAUUGCUGAAUAAGAAUAAUAUUUGAUUAUU